AUGGUCACUGAUUUUGGUGCCACUGCAGAUGGAACAACAGACAGCAAACAGGGAUUCGCAAAUGCAUGGAAGAAAGCAUGCCAGACUCCGGGCGGCGGCGUUUUGGUUCCGGCCGGAAAAGCGUUCGUUUUAAGUGGCGGAGAGUUUGUGGGCCCAUGCAAGGGCAAAACCAAAUUUCAAAUAGACGGAACCCUAAUCGCUUCCAACGACCCGAAACUCGACCGUCUCGACUAUUGGAUCACUUUCGCUAGCGUCACCCGCCUCACCAUCUUCGGGAAGGGCGUCUUGAACGGCAACGGGGCGUCGGCGUGGUCCCGUUGCGGAACGUCGACCAGUUGCGCUCCGCGCCCCACGUCAUUGAAGAUUCAAGGCGUUAGACAUGCCACUAUCCAAGGCAUAACCUCGGUGAAUAGCAAGAUGUUCCAUAUCGUAAUCUACAAGUCCCAACACGUGAGGGUGAGAAAUGUCCAAAUAAGGGCCCCACAAGAUAGCCCCAACACCGACGGAAUCCACGUCGGCAGCUCGAGCAACGUGGAGAUCCUCCAAUCGUCCAUAGCCACGGGCGACGACUGCGUGUCCCUCGGCGACGGGUCCACGAACGUGGACAUCUCGGGGGUCGCGUGCGGGCCCGGCCACGGCAUCAGCAUCGGAAGCCUAGGGAAGUACGAGGACGAGGAGGAUGUGAGGGGAAUCACCGUCAAGAAUUGCAAUCUCACCAACACCCAAAACGGAUUGAGGAUCAAGACGUGGGCCCCAUCUCUAUCCUCCAACGUUGUUUCGGAUAUCACUUAUGAUGACAUCACACUCAACAAAGUGAACAAUCCAAUCAUCAUCGAUCAACACUAUUGCCCCCAUGGGGACUGCGAAAAAGGGGGCGAUUCGGGCGUGCAAAUAAAAGGGGUGAGGUUUAUAAAUGUGCGAGGGAGUUCGGCGACGGAGGUGGGAGUGAACGUACAAUGCAGCAAAACGAAGCCGUGUCGAGACGUGGAGUUCUCUAGGUUAGACCUAACUUUGGACGGCCGGAGGCCGGCGGUUGCGCGGUGUUCCAACGUCAACUAUCGGUUUCAAGGAUCUACGCCAUCGCGUUGCACGUAG